GAGUUGGGAGAAUGGCCAGGAGGACUAUGCUCACAAGAUGGGGUGGAGGAGGGCGGUGGUUGUACGGUGCGGGAUAUUUGCCUCUAGAGCAAUGCUCUUUACAUUUGGUUUCUAUUGGAUCAAAGAGAGUCACAUGAGUCUCGACAAUGAGGUCAAUGAAUUUGAAAAGCCAUAUGCAGUUGUCUCAAAUCACAUUUCUUAUGUGGAUAUUCUUUAUCAUAUGUCAUCAACCUUUCCAAGUUUUGUUGCAAAGAGAUCAGUAGCUCAGCUUUCCUUGGUUGGUCUCAUCAGGUAUUUUUCUUCUAUUAUUUUAUCAUUUUUUUACUUGUUGCUUACUAAUUUUCAACUAACAUUUUGAAUCGGCACUUUCUUGUAUGAAUAUUCUUUAUCUUAUAAUUAGUAUUUUUGAACAUUAGUUAUUUUAUUGUAAACGUUUCUUUUUUUUGUUAAUAUUGUUAAUUUGUUUGAAACAAGAUUGGU